AUGCGUUUUACUGCCCUUUCCACGGUACUUCUGGCUCUAGCACAGCAUGUGCAUGCCUUGCCAGUCGAAACCAACGAGACUUCUGCUCUCGAUAUCACCUUGAGUCGUGUCACUGACACCCGUAUCAAGGCUGUCGUGAAGAACUCUGGCAGCGAAGAUGUCACAUUUGUGCAUCUCAACUUCUUCCGUGACACCGCACCGGUAAAGAAGGUCAAUGUCUUCAAGAACGAUGCUGAAAUCACUUUUGAGGGAAUCAAGCGCCGGUUCGCCCUCGAGGGUCUCGCUGAGGAAUCCCUCACCUCCCUCGCUGCAGGAGAGACCUUCGAAGAUGAAUUUGACAUUGCCGCUACCAGUGACUUGUCUAGUGGAGGCCCAUUGACUCUUCGUUCCACUGGCCUCGUGCCCCUGGUCACUGAUGGCACAAUCACUGGAUAUCUGCCAUACCGUUCCAAUGAUCUGAAGAUCGAGGUUGACGGUGUCAAGGCAUCCCGGGUGCUGAAGGCUAUCAAGCCGCUAGAUCGUCGUGCUCUUCAAACUUGCAGUAAUGCAAGCAAGAAGUCUGCACUUGCCAAUGCUCUUAAGAACACCGUGACGCUAGCAAGCAAUGCUGCAGAGGCUGCCCUUUCUGGAUCUUCCACUAAGUUCAAUGAGUACUUCAAGACUACCAGCACCGCUACACGCAAGGUCGUGGCUGCUCGCCUUCAGGCUGUGGCAAAAAAGGCCGGCUCGGUGACUGCCACUAAGUACUACUGCGAAGAUACCUUGGGAUACUGCCAAACCAAUGUCUUGGCUUACACUCUGCCAUCUCAAAAUGUGAUCGCCAAUUGUGAUAUCUACUACAGCAAGCUCCCAGCGUUGACUAGCACAUGCCACAGCCAAGACCAAGCAACCACAACUCUCCACGAGCUCACCCAUGCUCCUGGCGUGUACAGCCCGGGAACCGAAGAUAACGGAUACGGAUACAGCGCCGCGACAGCCCUCACUAGCGCAAAAGCUGUGUUGAACGCUGACUCGUAUGCACUGUAUGCCAAUGGUUAG